AUGCAUUCAACAAGAAUUCUACAGAAUUUAAAAAUUUCUACUUUAGAUAUUAAAAUAACAUCCAAAGGUGUCAGUAAUUCUAAAUUCAAGAAAGCCAUAACUUUGAAAAUGAAUCGAGAACAUAAUCUUACUAUUGAUACAGCAGCAGCAGCUCGGGAAAUAAAUUUUGAUUUAGUUUAUGCUUUACACAAUUUUGAUGCAACUAUUGAUGGUCAAGUUGGUGUUGAAAGAGAUAAUCCUCUUAUAUUGUUGGAUGACUCAAAUAGUUAUUGGUGGUUGGUAAAAGUUAUAAAAAAUGAAGAAGUUGGUUACAUUCCUGCUGAAAACAUUGAGGUUAAACAAGCAUCGGAAUUUGAAAUAAAUAAUAAUAAUACAGAAGUUAAUGAAGAAGUUGACACAAAUUUCGUAAAUACCUCACAAAUGUCAAGUAUCGAUGAGAGCAUCAACGAAAGUAUCGAUGAGAUUAAUAAGCAACUAAAUUAUAAUUCACAAACUGAAAUUACCGUAAAUAAUAUAAAUCAUUCUUUAUCGGAUGAAUUCAUUAAAUCUUCAGAAACUUUAAAAUUGAAAUUGACACCGUCUCUAGUAGGUAACGAUUUCAUGGAUUUUUCUGAUGAUGAUGACGAAAAACCAAAUCAUAAAUCUGGAGGAAUAUUUAAAAAUCUUUUUAAAAAGAAAACAAAGAACAAUAAAUCUCAAAAAAAUAUUAUUUCUCAACCACAACCCACACAACCCACACAACUCACACCAACGCAACCCACACCCGCGCAAUCCACACAACCAAUACAAACACAACCAAUACAAACACAACUAACACAAAUACUAUCACAGGAAUCACUUACGCAAUCACCCACACAUCCUCAACAAUCAUCACCUUUAUCAAAUAAUUCUUCUGAAAAGACACUUACCAUUACUCCUUCAAAUUCCGUAUUUAGUGUUGUUCGCAUAUUUGCUGGACAAAAUAUUACAUCUAAAUUUGCUUAUAAAAUUGUUCUUCUUGGUAAAACCAAUAAUACAAUUUCAUUAAUUAAACAAUCAAUAAAACGAUUUAAAUUAAGCAAUGAAGAGAAUUGGCAAGAUUAUUAUAUUACCAUUAAAGGCCAUGAUAGAGAAGAACCUUUUCGACUGAAAUUACAUGAUUACCCAUUGGAAAUAUUUGAGACAUUAACUUCAUCAUAUCUUACACCAUUGCCAACAAUCAAGCGAACCUCGAUUUCCUCAAUUUCAUCAAAUUUUUCAAAUUUAUCAAGUCACGAAGCAAUAAGUAAAUUAUUAUUUAGAGAUGAUAAAAAUUUAGUUUGUUUCUAUUUAAAUAAAAGUUCCAAAGUUAAUAAUCGAAUUAGUAAUAAUGGAGUUAGUAAUGGAGUUAGUAAUGGAGUUAGUAAUGGAGUUAGUAAUCGAGUUGAUAAUCGAAAUUCUCUGGAAAAAAAGUUUCGUUUACGUGUACUUAUUUAUUCAGAUGAUUUACCAAUUCAUCUUCGACAUAAGGGAUCUGUACCCAGAGUUUCAAUGUCUGUGCCUAAACAUUUAGCAGAAAAAGCAUCUAAAAGACGAUCUAGAGAAGAAGGAAAACCCAAAGAGAAAAGUAUUAUUAUUACAGGAAGAGCUACAGUAGGUCAAGUUAUAGAGAAAGCUAUGAAUAAGUUUGGUAUAAAUGAAGGUAUUGUUGAUGAUGGUGAACAAAUAUUAGAAUCUGAUGGUGGAAUACCAAGAUAUAAUCUUAUGAUGAUUGUCGAUGGAAAAGAAAAAUAUCUUCAUCCAGAUAAGAAUAUGUUAACUAUCUAUCAUGCACCACCAGAUCUUCGUCAUUUUUCCAUUGAUUCUUUAGAUUCAUCCACUUCUUUAACAUUUGAUUAUAAUCCAGAUGAACCAAUAUCCAAACAAAAAUCAAUUCUAACUUCACAUAAAAAUAAAGAACAAGGGGUAGAUAUUAUUACAAGUAUUGGAGCAAUUAGAAGUUCUCGUAUUUUUGGAUCAUCUAAAGUUCGAUAUUCUUUUAUUCCGACUGAUGGAACUGAAAUUGAUAUUAGUGAUCUUAUCGAAGAUGUUUGGGCUGAUGAUGAAGAAUUAAUAAAUAUUAAUAAUAAUAAAGAAAAUGAAUUAAAAGAUAUGGACAAUGUGAAUGAUAUGAAUAAUAUGAACAAUUUGAACAAUUUGAACAAUUUGAAUAAUGUCAGUAAAAAUAUUCGAACACGAGAAGUGGAUAUUUUGGAAAAAAUAUUUAAUAAAACAAGUCAAAACGGUUAUGAAGGUAAUGAAACACAAUCAAUUGAAAGUAGGAUUAAUCGAGUUAUGCAAAAGGUUAAAACUGGUCAAUAUGACGUAAAAUCUAUACCAAGUAUUACAAAUAUUUUAAAAAAUAAUCAUAGUAAAGAAAACUUAUCAGAAAAUCAACCAGAAAGUGAUUGGAUAUUAUCAGAUGAAUUUGGAUUACAAGAAUUAUUAAUACUUAUAAGAUCAGGAACAGAGAAUUUUUCUAUUAGAGAAAAAAGAAUUAGUGAAUGGCUUUUGAAUUAUGAUCCAGAUAUUAUACUUGAACAAUUUAAACCAGAUGAAAUAUUAAAUGAAAUUAAAUCUGUGUUCGUGAAUGUUAAUGAUGAACUUGAUAAAUUGGAAUUGGAAUUGGAUCAAAUAAUGAACGAUGCUGUACGAGUAUUUUAA